AUGAGGUCGGAGAGAGCAAAAGAAGUGAUUUUGAUUGGUCAUUCAUUCAUUUAUUUGAUUGCCCUGAGCUCGCUGUACUGGCAAAUCCCAGAUGGGACUUUGUGUCGCGCGCUUCGCUAUGGCGUGAAUAUUUUGCCGAAUAUAGUGAAUUUUUUACGCAUUGCGCCAUCCUAUGCACUGCAAGUAGUUGUACUUUUCGGAAUUGUUCUGGCAUCCCUUUCCAUAAUAUUUCAUUCAAUGCGAAAUGCCGUAACCUAUCUCGCUCUUUUCGUAAUUUAUUCUACUGCAUUUCAGGUUGGGGAUGUGUUCCUUUGGUUUCAAUGGGACACACUGCUUCUGGAAUCUGGCGCGCUGUGCAUUCUGUUAGCUCCAUUGCCUUUCAUCGGCCCCUCACCUGCCGACAACUUGUCUUUGUUUUUAAUGCGCUGGUUGAUAUUUCGGUUAAUGUAUGCAUCGGGAAUUGUUAAGCUAACAAGUCGCUGCAAUCUUUGGUGGAAUCUUGCAGUGUCCAAGUGUGCUACACAGAUGUAUAUCAUCCCUUCCCAAAUCGGCUUUUCAGCACUUGAUGUUCACUUCGAAAGUCAGUGCAUUCCCACAUGGAUUGCAUAUUACGCUCAUAUGGUGCCGAAAUGGUUCAAGCACCUGUCAACUGCGCUCACAUUUUAUAUCGAAAUCAUUUUACCCCCCUUAUUUCUGGUGCCUUUGAAAUACGCCCGCUAUUUCUCCUUCUAUCCGCAAAUUCUUCUGAUGUGUCUGAUUAUGGCAACUGGCAAUUAUAACUUCUUCAACAUUCUUAUUUCAGUCCAGUGCUUCGCGAUCAUAGUUGAUUCCGAUGAAUACAAAUUUUCAACAAAAGGCUGCUCAGGACGUUACGAACAACUGGUAUCGCGUGUCGGAGCAGCUCUGUCGUUGCUGCUGAGCGCUGUAACUGUCUAUCUCUUCGUCCAUUAUUUCAACAUCGGCAUUGAUGGGUUCAAAGUGACUUCCUCAAUCGGUUACCUCUUAUUUUGUAACUGUCAAAUUUUAACGUAUGAUGCAGUUUCAAAUGGCUGGAGCCGUUGGUUCUAG